AUUUGCCACGCGGUGAGGGGAGGUAAUAUGAAGCUUGAAGCAGUGGUAGACACUCGAUACGAUCUGCCACUACACAGAAGAUACAGUGUUCAAGGACAAGAAGCCCCUCAGAAGCCAAGCGGAUCUGUCACUGCUGCAGGCUGCUGCUGAUUGUGUACAGGACGAGCACUGACACUGAUAAGAGUACGGGACAACUGAUUGAUGUAGAUGUAGAUCGGGACGUCGGUGGCAGACGACGUAAUCAACACCCAUUGUAGCGAAAGGCGAUCACUCAGUCGUUCAACGCUCAUUGAGUGAGACACGUAACUGAUCAAGACGACACGGGUCAUUCAUUAACAGAGCACUCGGUGUCACCAGGUGUGGACGUAGUCUGCUAUUGAAAUUGUUCUAUUUUCAUAUUACGUGAACUCGUCUGACAACCGUAUGAAUAAGCAGACGACAGUUAAAUCAGCAGGUGUGUCCAGGUCUACUUUAGUUCAUACCCACUUCCGUGAAGCGUACACAGUACAAGUUCCGUAAGCAUUACGGACUGAGAACGAAACUAUUUCAUCUCUAAAGCAGAGGGAGAUUCGUUAGCACCGACUAAGCUCUUUGAGUGGAGGAUUUGCUUGUAUUCUGUACAGCGUGUUUGGUUUGGAGCAGACGGCUACAUAACCUCCCAAUGGAAGCGGCUGGUGGAUCACCCCACGUGCUACAGGUAGCGGCAGACGACUCGCGUAUUUCCUAUUCAGAACAGCUGAGCGGUUUCGUGGAACAGUACGCAUUUAACAGUAAGGUUAGCAUGGAGGCCAACGUGGAUGAAACAAGCAAAUGUGCACGCAUUUCGCCCAAACUUGUCUGCACAUCGUGUACCCAAAGGUUCGUGAAUCCACGGAUUCUCCCGUGUCUUCAUACGUUUUGUUCCGAGUGUAUCUCCGGAUUACGAACGUACCCCAUUAACUGCCCUGAUUUGAAUGAUUCGGGUGAAAGGGAGGAGCUAUCAAGCGCGAAGGUGUUGUCGUCUGCUGCGAGUUUAGAUCAGCCGUCUUUCGAUUCAGCAGACGGUAGAACAGACGAUACUUACUAUCACAAGAAACGAAUGAUUUUGUGCCCCGAUUGUCUAAGAGAAGUUGAAAUUGCAACGGACGUCAGUGAAUUACCUCGGAAUCAUGUGGUUGAAAGAAAGUUGGCUGAGGAUUGCUUGCAGAACAUAAACAACAACAUACCCCAGUUCUGUGAUUCCUGUGUCGAUCUCACAGAAGGGUCGGUGGUACGAGUGCGGUGUGUGGAGUGCUCCGAAAGUCUGUGCUCCUACUGCGAACAGGCCCACCGACGACAGCGACGAACCAAGAGUCAUCGCCUCGUCAGCGUGAACGAAUCCGCAAAUGCGGACGGGAAGAGAAAAAGUAUUCAUCGUCAAAUAUUUUGUCCCAAACAUACAUCUGAAGAACUGAAACUGUUUUGCUCAAGCUGUGACGAGGUCGUAUGCCGGGACUGUGUAGUUCUCGACCACAGGGAUCACCAGUGUCAGUUUGUGUCGCCAGAACUCUUUCGUACGGAGAUGGACUCGCUGCAGCUUCUCAUCAAAAACGUCGUUCCCAAAGUCAAUGCUGUUGAAGCGCGUCUUAAAACUGUCUCUACUCUAAAAGACAAGAUUCGGACGCGAGCGAAACAGGUGGAAUCUGAGAUUAACAAGUUCAUGGACAAUUACAUCCAAGCUAUCGAGAAACACAGACAGGCAUUGAUUGGUCAGAUAGACUCACUGGUCAGGGACAAGGAACGGAGUCUGAACGUGACUGAACUGCACCUGAAGGAUUCGAAGGGAGAGGUUGGAGAGACCUGUAAACUUGUGUCUGAACUGAUUGACACGGGUUCAGAUCUGGAGAUACUGACCGUCAAGAAGCUGAUUACUGGGCGUCUGAACCGUCUGAACUCACUCCCGGUUGAUCCGAAGUCCAAGAUCAACGAUUUCCUGAGGUUCAGUCCCGAGGAGAAAGCGGACGUCAUCAACGACUUCCAGAUGUACGGCAAGGUGGUGUCUCGACAAGUGACCGCUGCCCAGUCGACAGUCGACGGUGAUGGUUUGAGUACAGCGAGGAUUGGUCACAAGUCGGAGAUGAUUUUGACCGUGAGGGACACGGAGCACGUGCAGUACAAUGGAAAUGACGUCAACGUGAGAGCGUGGCUGAUAUACCAGAACGAAAGCCUCCGAAGCAUUCCUGUGAACAUCUCCUGCAAGAAGGACGGAACUCACCAUCUGGCCUUCACCCCGGUACAGAAGGGCACGCACUUCCUGCACGUGGCAGUCAAUGGGCAGCCCGUCAAGGACAGCCCCUUCAAGUUCAGCGUGAAGGCAAGAUGGCGGGAACACAAGGGUGUAUGGCAGUGCUGUACCUUCUGUCAGACUGGAGGGAAGAGGGACGUUGCAUGUGGAUGCAAAGGGGCAAUGCCAGGUGGGUUUGCCGGCUGUGGGCAUGGACAUGGCAACCACCCUGGCGGGCCUCACUGGUCCUGCUGUGGGAAGAUGGCGAAAAACUCAGAAUGCUCUGUUACAAGCAGACCGUCUCCGCUCAGACAGGUCACCUUAUGAAGGAGGCUCGGGUGAUCUCUGGGACGCACUCGUCACACUUGCCACGUUCAGCAGCAGCAGCACAGGAACCUGGCCACGCCCUGCCCACUCCACCCAGGCGCCAAAGGCAGAUGACCAUACUAACAGGCCACGCCCUGGUGCUAAGGGCAGAUGACCACACUAACUAGGCCACGCCCAGGUGCUAAGGACAGAUGACCAAAGUAACAGGCCACGCCCUGGUCCUAAGGGCGGAUGACCACACUAACUAGGCCACGCCCAGGUGCUAAGGACAGAUGACAUCCUAACUUGGCCAUGCCCUGAAGCUGGUGGCAGAUGACCACACUAACUAGGCCAUAUCCAGGUGCAAAGGGCUCAUGGUCAAAUGAAUUUGGCCAUGCCCAGGUACUAAGAGCAGAUGACCACAUGAAGUUGGCCACGCCUCAAUGUUAUGAGGUAUGAAGGGACAAACCUGGCCACGCCCAAGCGCUCACAAUGGAAGACAAUAUGAACAAAAAAUGGCAAACUAGCAACUCUUGGUUGAGAAAGCCAGCCACGGAUUAUCAAGUGCCGCCCUCCUGUCCUUGUUCAGAGAGCCACAGGAAGAAGCCAGUAUCAGAUCAUCAGGCAUCCAUCUUGUUCUCAGAGAUGUAGCCUUACCAAGCCACAUGGCUGAUUGUCACACAAAUAAGUCUACUUCUUUGAGGAAGCUUAUCAAGCUGUGAAGUGGACGACACACACCAGGCCGACUCAGGAUGACCAGCCAGAUACGAUCAACAGACACCAAGCUAGCUCAAGCUGAUACUAAGCCAGGCCACAUACGGCCAACACCAAGCCAGCUGAGGCUCAUUGACAACAAGCCAGAUCACGUUGCUUGUGGAUAGACACCAAGCAGGAUCACGCGAAAAGAUGGCGUUAUGAAGAUGACUGACAGACAACACACGGACUCAUCUCUGUCAGACGCGUGGGCAACAAGAUAAUCACCACAUACUACCGGCAGACAGAGAGUUAUGGCCACAAAAGGUAGUUCCAAGUGACAUCGAGACUUGCCAAGAUUAAAGAGUAUCAUCACGAACUGACAAGUCAUUAAUGACCAAGCACACAAUCAACUGAUUGAAAUAUAUUUUGUACAAAUAGAAUUUCAACUUGCAUUUAUUUUUUGUUAGACAAGUUAAAAAAUAAAUGUGUCAACGAAUAUA